AUGUCGACCCCCAGAAACCCAUUCACCAAGACAAAAGCCAAGGCUGGCGAGGGCGAGAUUGUACUAACACGACUGCCGCCUGACAAACAAGUCCUCACUACAUUCGAGUAUCAAUACCCUCUGAAGCUCAUCUCGCCAGAUCCACACAAGGUCACAGUCACUACUCCACUUACACCCAACGAGGAGACCGAAGUGCCUGUCACAACCAUCUUCCUCCUAACCUACGGAGGAGGCCUCCUAGCUCACGACAGCAUAAAUCUGACCAUAACCCUGCAACCAUCCACACGCCUAGCCCUCCUCACCCAAGGCAGCACCAAAAUCUUCAAAGCAGACUCGACCCAGCACUCCCAACCAGGCACUCUUCCGACUACUCAACAACGCCCCCCUACAACCAGCCAAACCCUCAACGUCAAGGUCUCCCCCCACAGCACCCUCUGCUACCUCCCAGACCCCAACCAGCCCUACGCCUACAGCAUCUACGAACAACGCCAAACCUUCUACGUCGACCCCUUCGGCAGCUCCUCCCUCCUCUUCCUCGACUGGGUCAGCGAAGGCCGCUCCGCCCGCGGCGAACACUGGACCCUAACAUCCUGGAAAGGCCGUAAUGAAGUCCGAGAAUUCGAUGAAUCCUCCAAAGGCCGUCUCCUGCUGCGUGAUUCCUUACUCUUAUUCGGCGACGAUCUAGCCGCCAAAACUGACAAGAAGGGUAUCAUGGGAACACUCGUCAUCUACGGACCGGUAUGGAAGCAUCUCGCGGAAUUCUUCAUGCAGCAAUUCCAGGCCUUACCGAGGAUAGGGGCGAAGACAUGGCAGCAGACUAGUACCGUUGAGGAAGGAAAAGGACAACAGUCCUUCAGCAUGUCGAGCACAGGCAAGCAGGAACAGAAACAAGAUUCAGAAGUAAAAGGUCUCCUCUGGACCGCCGCCAAAGUCAGAGGGUUUGUGCUGGUGAAGUUUGCGGCCGCGGACGUGGACGGUGCAAGGUUGUGGCUUGGGCAGAUGCUGAAACGGGAAGGGAGUGUAGAACGGGAAUUUAGUCAUCGGGCGCUUCUUUGCUUACGCUAG